UCCUUAUCAAACAGAGACCUUAUCGCUUUCAGUUUUAUCGUUGUUUUGAACAGCUACCUACUCACCUCCUAGUUUAUGCUUUCGUUUCGCAAUAUCUUUUUGAAACAACGAGGCAAUUUGCAUUUCACGAUGUUGAAAAGAAUUCUUUUCUUAAAUUCGCAAGCAACACCUCCAUGCUGUAGUCUAGUUAUGCAUACUUGCUUUGGUACCAUCAUUAGAUGGGGCCCUAUUUAGUUUUUAUUCGCGAGUUUUUUUCUCUGGACGUAUCGUUACGCUCCUUUAUUACAGUCGCACUUUGACAAGGUACAUGGUGAAAAGAGCUCGAUCGACUUUAAUAAUCAACUCCAAAGUUUAUCUCGAAAUGUUUGCUUGCUCUGGAUAACAGUCAAUAUAAACACACUGACGUACAGUACGCUGACACGAAUGCCCCACAAAUACGACCUGGAUAACGUUUGAUAACACAAAGAUAAAUAACCCCAUGAAACUAUAUCAGUGCCCGUUGAAUAUUGUCAUCACCAUUAGACUUUACUCCUCGUUGACUCCAUAUUGUGUCUUCGCAACAUGGUUCUUGCUAUUGCGACCAUAUAAGUUCCUGCAAACUAACCUUAUUAGUUCUUCACUGUAUUCAACAGAUUGGCUUAAGGUGGCAAAAAAAAAGAAAAAUGGACGUAGAUAAGGAAGUUCAGCGCCUAGAGCGCCUCAUGAAAGACUCGCAAGCCAACAUGAGUGAAAUAAUCAACAUCUAUUUUAACAUCGUAAAGGAAGGGACGUCUACUGUGUCCAGCGCUAUGCCCUUCCUCAAGGAUACAGCUGUUCGCUUGUUGUCCCCUGAAUUGAUGGAAAUUCUGAAAAAACAUAGACUGGACGCCUUUAGUUAUAUACUAGUCGCCAACAGCUUACUGGACGUGGACGAUGUCAAAGAUGAAUUGGAAAAAGGAAACGCCUUAACGAGCCAUGUCCCACCCAAUGCGAUCAGGAAGCUCAAAGCAGAGCUCGGUGUUGCAUCAGUUUUGCCAUCCGCAACUCCAGCAGCGGAACGCGCAUCACCAACACAGUUAGACAAUCCACAAGUAUUAAUGAGCAACACGAAUGAUUUGGAUCACAUAACUGCAUCAAACACUGACCAGACCAGACUACCAAUAGAAAUCAAAAACGAAUGUAGCAGUAUGAAAAACGUUAACGGCAUGUCUGUGUACAAGUUGCCGUUGAAAGAAUCAAUUUUCUCCGGAGAGUCUUCCAUCAUCAGGCGAUUCUCCUUCGGUGAGCCAGAUCCUUUCGGAAGCAGGGGAUGCAAAACCAUUCUUUUGCUGGGCGCUACAGGCUCUGGCAAGACGACCUUGAUCAAUGCCAUGGUCAAUUACUUUCUGGGCGUUCAAUGGGAGGAUCCUUUUCGUUUUAUGCUUAUCGAUGAAGACGAAACAAGGAACCAGGCUUUUAGCCAGACCAGUGAGAUUACAGCUUACGACAUCCAUCACAGAAAUGGUUUCCGCAUUCCUUUUUCUCUGACGAUUGUUGACACUCCGGGAUUCGGAGAUACUCGAGGUAAAAAGCGGGACAACGAAAUCACUUCGGCCAUCAAAAAAUUUUUUGAACACGAUAAUGGCAUUCAGGAAUUGGAAACAGUUGGCUUUGUAGUGCAGUCUACGCUGGCUCGCCUUACGGCCUCUCAGGCGCACAUCUUCGAUUCGGUACUGUCCAUUUUUGGUAAAGACAUCAAAGAAAAUGUUCGCUUCUUGGCCACUUUCGCUGAUGGAGGGCAACCUUCUGUCUUAGCGGCAAUAAAGCAGGCUAAGCUUCCUUGUCUACUGAAGUCCAAUGGGGAGCCUUGCCACCAGGUUUUUAACAACCGUGUAAUGUAUGUCUCGAAUCAGGCAUUAGGUGAUCAACGUUCUCCUCUCGAUUGGAACGACACAAUGAAAAAUUUUCAAUUGUUUUUUACCGAGCUAUGUGAAAUGCCUAUCAAAUCGCUCAAACUAACAAAAGAUGUAUUGCAGCUCCGAGAAAUCUACCGUAACAGAAUUCAGGUCUUGAAAACCACCAUCCAAGCGCGCCUCAUGAAAAUGGAAGAAUUACGGGAGAUCGAGAAAAAAAUCGCCUCGAACAAAGACUACGUUAACGCUAAUAAGGACUUUGAAAUCACUGUGAAAGUAGCAAAGGAGAAACAGAUUGAGCUCAAAACGAAUGAGAAAGCAUUGAAUUGCACUAAUUGCAAAGUAACGUGCCAUUGUCCUUGCUACCCAAAUUCAUGGAUGCCCUGUCCUGCAUUCUGGACCCCAGUAAAAGACUCUGCAGGUGCCGGAAUUGCUAUUCCUGCGUUUGCCUUGCGGACUUCUUUGAAAGUUGGCAGAGGUCUCUUUGAGUUUAUUGCAAAUAAUGAGAAUCGUAGGCGUCUUGCUGCCAAAGCCACCAUUGGAGUGGGUGUAGCGGUUUCAGCGGAGGCAGCGGUUACAGCGGUUACAGCGGUUGCAGCGGGUGCAGUGGGUACAGCGGUUGCAGCAGGUGCAGCGGGUGUAGCGGGUGCAGCGUGCUGUGCUGCUGUAGUGGUCACCUUAAUAUAUGGUGAUAAGUGCCAGAUGUGCCCUGGACGCUGCGCCAGGAAACACCACUCAUACGAACCCACUAAAUGGGAAUACGUUCAAGAAGACGAAACUCGCACAUUUCAUGACUUUCGCAAGAAGUACGAUGACGCAAAGGAAAAGACUCUAAAUGUGGAAGAACUAAAGAAUGCCUUGCAAGGAGAGGCGGCGCAGCUGAAAUCAGAUAUCAUUGAAGUGAUGGAUAAGAGUAGAAAAUGCUUAAAUUCUUUAAAUGAGAUAGCACUGUAUGGUGCAUCUCCGCUAUCCGCUCCCGCAUAUAUUAACUUGAUGAUCGAACACGAGAAAAAAAAUAAAAAAUCUGGACACGAGGAGAGAAUUAAAAGUUUGGAAGAUCUAAAGAGAACGGCUGAGCUCCCGUAAGACGUAACGGAUGGCGGUGAUUUAGCCAAGCAGUACAAAAACUAACUAGAACACACAAGCUUACGAGGAAAUAUUGAAGCAAGGAAGAUAUCUUUUCCAGUUAACCAUUAAAGUUUUUUUUAUUUUUAUAGUUCAAGUAAUCAUUUUAUGAAUUAUCACCGCAAUUUGGCUUUCAAAUGCGCUUGCUAAAUAUUCGGAAGUGUAAUUUUUAUCUUACUUUGUAACGGUUAUCGAUUUUUAAAUGGGUACAGGGGGUUAAAUACAAGAUUGAAUAAAUUCAUCAGUUAAAAGCAA